AUGAGCUUACCUGCCAUUGGGAUCAUUGGUGCCAUCAAUGAAUGCGUCACUUUGUUUCAGUGGGCCAAAUCUGCCAUUUCAUCUCUGCAUUCCCGAUGGAGUGGCUCACAGGAGCAAAGCCUCCAGGAUGGUGUGUUGCUAUUGGAGAGUGGACUACAGCGCCUCAGGGAUACUCUUCCUGCAAUGUAUGACCUAAUCGACGAAGCAGAGUGGAGAAGCCAUGAGAAAAGUGUGGCCAAACUCCUUCCCAAUCUCAAGGAUGCAGUGUAUGAGGCCGAGGACCUUCUCGAUGAGUUCAAAUGGUAUGAGAUGAAGGUGCAAGUGGAGGUCAUUGCAAGCCAAUCUUCUUUUAUUGAAUUUUUUGAUACGGUCAUCCAAGGCAGCUUCAACAAACUGAAUGAUGUCCAAUUGAGGUUGGAUCACCUUUCAAGACAAUUGGAGAAUAUGGGACUUUGUGGAGUUACACAACACUUUGACAAAUCAGUCAGGCCUGAGACCACCUCUCUGCCAAAUGAAACAAAAAUAUUUGGUCGUGACGAAGAGCUGGAGCAGGUGUUGGGAUUUCUUAAUGUACCUACAAAUUCAAAACGCAAGCGAGCAACUAGUUCAACAAAUGCAUCAACAAGCGCAUCAGCAAGCGACCAAGUUAGUAAUGAAUCAAGAAUAUCUAGUAUUCCUGUUCUGUCAAUAGUUGGAAUUGGGGGUGUAGGAAAGACUACUUUGGCCCAACAUAUCUCCAACCAUCAACGAGUGAAGUCACACUUUGAGCUAAUAAUUUGGGUUUGUGUCUCAGAUGAUUUUGACGUAAAGAGGUUAGCUAAAGAGGUCAUACAAUCUUGUAAUGGAAAGGAGGCGACAUCUGAUAAUUUGGACGCUCUUCAACGUGCGCUUUCAAACCAUGUGGACAAAAGAAGGUUAUUGAUUGUCCUUGAUGAUAUGUGGGAUGAUGCCCUGAAGGAAAAUGGGCAGUGCUGGAAGAGGUUUUGUGCACCUUUUAGAAGUGUCCAAGAGGGAAGUGUGAUGUUGGUCACCACUAGAUGUCCAACAGUUGACGAGGGGGUGCGCACAAUGGAUCCUGUUAUAUUGGAAGGUCUAGAGGAUGACGUUUUUUGGAAUUUCUUCAAAUUGUGUGCAUUUAGAUCUGAGAGUUCUUACCGUAAUCCCGAGUUGGAGUGCAUUGGUAGAAAAAUACUUCCUAAACUGAAGGGUUCUCCCUUGGCUGCCAAAACUCUCGGUCGCAUGUUAAGCACGGAUCUUCAAGCAUCACAUUGGAAUUCUAUACUUCAGAGUGAACUUUGGGAGUUGAGUCAAGAGGAGACUGAUAUUUUGCCUGCCCUUCGGUUGAGCUUCAUGUAUUUGCCAUUCCAUUUGAAGCAAUGUUUCUCAUUCUGUGCUGUGUACCCAAAAGAUUACAAAUUUGAGGAGGGUUCCUUAGCUGAGAUUUGGAGAGCAGAAGGCUUUGUGCAUCCUCAAGGUGGUGCUACAAUUCUAUCUACAAGUUUGCAGUAUUUUGAAGACCUUGUAACACGGUCCUUCUUUCAAAAUGUUGUAGGUGGAUAUGUAAUUCAUGACUUGAUGCAUGACAUGGUACAAAAGGUUUCAGAGGAUGACUGCUUCAUUUUAAGAAAUAAGAGUGACUUUGAUAAAGUUCCCCAGAAUGUUCGUCAUCUAUACAUACUCCCUAGCAGUGAAUUUGAUGAUUCCAACUUGUUGAGACUAUGCAAGUACACGAAGCUGCGCACCCUAAUUUGCAAGAUUAAUUUGGGGAAAGGAACAUGCUUUGUAAUGGACCACUGGUGUACUAAACUUACACGUAUGCGUGUGAUGUCUUGUGCCUUCACAAAUGAAUUACCAGAUAGUAUUGGUAAUUGGAAGCAUCUUCGGUACCUUGAAAUCUCCGGAACCUGUAAUUUGAAGAGGAUUCCUUCUUCAUUCUGUUGGCUAUAUAAUAUGCAGAUUUUAUAUGCCAAGAAAUGCAAGAUACAAAGCUUACCCACUGACUUUGAUAAGUUGACCAGUUUACAAAAAAUUGGAUCAAACGGAUUAACUAUUGAUGCAGCCAAUCAAGAGGGACUAGGAAUUAUGUCAAUAAAGAAUCUGAAUCAAAUUCGUGAAUACUUGGUGAUAAAUAAUCUUGGCAUCCUAAGUGAGGACCAUGCAGCAGAAGCUAAACUGAAAGAUAAGAAAUGUCUUGAGAGGUUGAUAUUGAAUAUGCGAGUUGCUUUACGCUCCGCUGAGUUUUAUAUCCACAACAAUGAUACAGAAGUGCUUGAAGGUCUGCAACCUCCUAUCAGCCUAAAGGGUCUCUUCGUCAAGAAUUAUGUUGGUGUCUCGCUCCCAAGCUGGUUUCAACCACAAAACUUGCCAAGUUUAACAUCACUUGGUUUUGAAGGUUUUGUUGGGAUGAAGAGCAUAUCAUUUCCCAUGAUCUCACAGACCAUAAACCUAAAUGAGACACAUGCAAUUGGUACGUUCUUGUCCUUGACAAACAUAACCAUUGAGAAGUGUGAAAAUUUAUCAAGCCUAGAAGAUUUUCUGCAACCAAGUUAUCUACCUGGCAUCAAGAACAUUGAAAUUAAAGAUUGCAAGAUGUUAGCAUCUGUACCAACUGAAUUUUUUGGGGGUUUUCAUUUCCUUGAAGAACUGCGCAUAGCUGAUUGUCCAAACAUGCGCCUCCAAAGACUGGUUUCGCCGUCCCUCAAGGAGCUCAAUUUGUUGCGUUCUAGUAUCUUUUGCAAUAUUGACUGCUGCUCCCUCACCUCCUUUCAUUGUCAAUGCGACUUUGCCACGUCCAUACAACUACAAACGUGGAGUCUUCCAGCUUUAAAGAGAUUGGAAAUUGAGUGCAAAUCUCUUACAUCUAUUGGAGGCUCCCCUAGUCUUUCCAUUUCUACGGGCACUGGCAACAUUAGAGCACUCUCAUCCCUUACUUUCCUAGAAGUUACAUGGUGUGAGAAAUUAUUGACCCUUGAUGGCAUCCUAACACAAGAAUACCUACCUGCUAUUGAGAGAAUUGACGUUGGAUUUUCUUACGAGUUACUGUCCCUGCCAGUUGAAAGGUUUGUGGGUUUUCCUCAUCUGAAACAUCUGGUGGUUAUUAAUUGCCCAAGUCUUAACUGGCAAAGGGGGCUGGUAUUGCCAUCAUAUCUCCAAAGGCUAAGCUUAAGGAACUGCGGGGAUAUCUCUCCAUAUGUUCCCAGCUGCCUACAGAACCUCACAUCCCUCAUCUCUCUGAGCAUUGGUGGGUGCCAGGGUAUAACAUCCAUUCCAGGUGACAUUUGGAGAGGUAAUCUUGCAUCACUUGAGGAACUUAGGAUUUGGGAAUGUCCAAACCUAGUUUCAUUUGGUGGAGCAGAGGCAGUUGCAUACAUAAAGAAGGUUCAGAUAUACAAAUGUCCAAAGUUAAAGGAAGCAGAUCAAAUCGUUAGAUGA